CAGGUCAGAGAACAUGACACUCCAGAAGACCUCUGGAUGAUCCUAUACAACAAAGUCUACGACGUCACAGCAUUUGCCAAGGACCACCCUGGCGGGGUUGAAGUCCUCUUCGACUGCGGAGGAGUGGACUGCACCGAGGCGUUCGAAGACGUAGCCCAUUCCGACGAUGCAGUGGACAUGUUAGCCCCGUUCUACCUCGGGGACAUCGUGCCGGAAGAACACAAACAGUAUGCCAACUUGAGGGUCCCUCGGGCC